GCAUACAGCCAUGAUAGGAUUUACGUAUUUGUAUGACUAAUCCACCAAUUUUCAAGUAAAAAAAAAGAACUAUUUACAGUGAAUGUAAACCAUUUGGUAGAGACUGUUUAGGGCGUAUAGUUUCACAUUAUGUCGGAGAGGGUGAGCCUGAUAAAUGUGCUGCAGAAGAAUCCCAAGAACAUUCGGAAUAUUUGUAUAUUGGCACACGUUGAUCAUGGAAAGACUACUUUGGCUGAUUCUCUUAUAGCAAGCAAUGGAAUUAUAUCUCAACGAUUGGCGGGAAAAUUGAGAUACAUGGACAGCAGAGAAGAUGAACAAAUUAGAGGAAUAACAAUGAAAUCAAGUGCAAUUUCAUUAUAUUUCAAGUCCGGAGAUGCAAAUGAAUAUUUGAUCAACUUGAUUGAUUCACCAGGACAUGUUGAUUUCUCGAGUGAAGUUUCAACGGCUGUUCGAUUAUGUGAUGGCGCCAUUGUUGUUAUUGAUGUUGUGGAAGGAGUUUGCCCACAAACUCAAGCUGUACUUCGGCAGGCCUGGUUGGAACGUCUGAAACCAAUGUUAAUUUUCAACAAAAUGGACAGAUUAAUAACAGAAUUAAAACUCACUCCACAAGAAGCCGCAAUGCAUUUGCAACAGAUAUUAGAGAAGGUCAAUGCUGUCACAGGAAGUUUAUUUUCUGCUGAAGUUCUUGAAAAGUCAAAUAAGAAUACAACUUCUGAUGAGACUGAAGUUGAAACAGGAUCUGAUAUUGUCUAUGACUGGAGUGCUGGUUUAGAGUUAACGGAUGAUUCUCAUCUUUAUUUUUCUCCGAAUGCUGGAAAUGUUGUUUUUGCAAGUGCAACAGAUGGAUGGGGAUUCACAAUCGACCACUUUUCUAAACUUUAUGCAAAGAAGCUUGGCAUUCAAGAAAACGUUUUGUUAAAAACCUUGUGGGGCGACUACUAUGCAAAUGUAAAGGCCAAAAAGAUAUUCAAAGGAGCUCAAGCAAAAGGAAAGAAAUGUUUGUUUGCACAAUUUGUACUAGAAAAUAUCUGGUCAUUGUAUGACACUGUGCUUGUAAGAAGGGACAAAGAUAAAUGUGAGAAGAUAGUUCAAUCUCUAAAUAUAAAUGUAUCUGCAAGAGAUAAAAGAUUAAUCAGCACUGAACCUAAAUCUUAUCUUCGUGCAAUAUGCAAUCAAUGGAUUCCAUUAUCCCAAGCUGUUCUAUCUAGUGUUUGUUUGCAUUUGCCAAAUCCUUUAUCUAUAUCUGAUGAAAAAGUAGAAGGACUGAUGUGUGGAAAUUCGCAUAGUUUUGAUUCCUUUCCCAAUGAAACAAAAGAUUUAAAGCCAGAAUUUCUGAAUUGUGAUCAAUCCGGUAAAGUGAUUGUUCUCGUUUCUAAGAUGGUGGCUGUUGAUCCAAGUCGUCUUCCCCAGGCUAAGAAACGCCCAUUAACAGAAGAAGAAAUCAAGGAAAAAAGAGAAGCUGCUCGACAGAAACUUCUAGAACGACAAAACCAACUGGAGAAAAAUACUUCUGGGGAAGAAAAUCAGGAAUGUGCAGCGAAAGAAAUUCAAAAUGACAAUAAAGAUAAUGAAAUAUCUGAUUCUCCUCAUUUUGUUGCGUUUGCGAGAGUUUUUAGUGGCACCUUGAAAAAAGGUCAAGAACUAUUCUUACUCGGACCCAAGCAUUCUCCAACAGAGAUAUUAUGCAAUCAUGGGAUUGAAAAUGUUUUGGCCAAGUUGGAUGAUUAUCCGCAUAUUACGAAGGUUUCUAUUGGAGAUUUAUAUUUGCUCAUGGGAAGAGAGUUGUCAUCACUGGAUGAAGUUCCUCCAGGAAAUAUAGUUGGUAUCGCAGGAUUGGAGGACCACGUCUUGAAGUCUGCUACAUUAUCUACCACAAUUGCUUGUCCAGCAUUCAAUGCAUUAUCAAAAGAUACAGCACCUAUAAUAAGGGUAGCAAUAGAACCUAAACUUUUAAGUCAGAUGAAUCAGUUGAUGGAGGGAUUGAGAUUGCUGAACCAGGCUGAUCCGUGCGUUCAAGUGUUGGUGCAAGAAACAGGGGAACAUGUCAUUGUAACUGCGGGUGAAGUUCAUUUACAAAGAUGCCUGGACGAUUUGAAACAAAGAUUUGCAAAAAUUGACUUUAAUGUAUCCACUCCCAUUGUACCAUUCCGAGAGACUGUGAUACCACGACCUAAGUUUGAUGUGAUGAACGAACUAUUGGAAACGCAGGAAAAAGAUUUGAAGCAGAAAUUCAAGUCGAAAGAUCAAGAGGAUGACGCUGAUGAACAAUCAUACCAAGUUAAAAGUCGAAGAAAAAAUUAUUUUGAAAGAAAAGGUUGCAUAAGUGUGUUCACACCUGGCCAAGAAUAUGAAUUUGUCUUGCGUGCUGUCCCUUUACCUGAGGAAGUUACAAAAACCUUGGAAAAUAACGCAGAUGACCUUAAAAUGCUUGAUAGAUUAGAUGUCACAUUUAGGGAAGAGCUAAAACGAAAAAAUCAAAUGGAUACAACUAUAGAGACGAAUGGUGAAAGUGACACAAAUAAUACAAUCCCGAUAGAGCAAUCACAAAUUAAAAGUGAAGCUUUGAAACGAUUAAAAUCUCUUUAUGAUGAAAUAAAAGAAAAAUUUGAAAAAACUGAAAAAGGAAUGUGGCUUAAUGCGGCCGAUAAUAUCUGGUCUUUUGGUCCACGUCGUAAUGGAUGCAAUGUUUUAAUUAAUGCAGUGAAAGAUUAUGAUAGGCCGUCCAUCUGGUGUGGUAUUUUAGGCCACGAUGAUACAAGAAAUAAACAAUAUCGUGAACUUGAUCGUAGUAUAACAAGUGGAUUUCAGUUGGCUACUCUGGCUGGUCCAUUGUGUGAAGAGCCAAUGCAUGGGGUUGCUUUUAUAUUGGAAGAAUGGAACGCUGGAGAUUUUUCACAACAAAAUGAUGUAGACUCUACUGAGAGUAAUGGUCACAUGGGUACAAGAAAAUUUGGUGGCAUAAAGGGCUCCCUGUCUGGUCAAUUGAUUUCUAUGAUGAAAGAAGCAUUCAGGUCUGCUUUUCAGAAUCAGCCCCAACGACUCAUGGCUGCAAUGUAUACCUGUGAUAUACAAGCCACCGUUGAUGUACUAGGAAAAGUCUAUGCUGUGCUUGGAAAACGGGAAGGUCGUGUUGUGAAAGAAGAUAUGAAAGAAGGAUCAGAUAUUUUCAAUGUUGUGGCCGCAUUACCAGUUGCGGAAAGUUUUGGAUUUGCAGAAGAAAUCAGGAAGAGGACGAGUGGACUGGCAAGUCCUCAACUAAUGUUUAGUCAUUGGGAGGUUGUCCCGAGUGACCCAUUCUGGGUUCCCACGACAGAGGAAGAAAUGCAACAUUUUGGCGAAAAAGCAGAUUUUGAAAACCAGGCUACAAAAUAUAUGAAUACUGUUCGAAGAAGAAAAGGACUUUUUGUAGAAGAGAAAACAGUUCAACAUGCAGAAAAACAAAGAACUCUAACAAAAAAUAAAUAGAUGCCAUUAUGGAAAUAUGAAUGAAAUAUUGGUGGUAGAUAAAUACAGUGGAAUAAAUGAUAGGUUCUGGCA